AUGGACAGAGCAUUCCACUCCGCCUUGUCGUCAAUGAUAGGUGAUGAACCUGUUACUUCAAUAAUUGUUCCAAGUGAUACUCUUGACUUAGUUUUAAAAACUGAUGAUCAGACAUUAGUUUUACCUCAUCUGUUAUCUAGUUCAAGUACCUGUACAGAAAUUGAACCUGUUACUUCAAUUGUUCCAAGUGAUACUCUUGACUUAGUUUUAAAAACUGAUGAUCAGACAUUAGUUUUACCUCAUCUGGUACCAAGUUCAAGUAGCUGUACAGCAAUUGAAAAGUCUGAUUUGUUGACAGAUAACAUUGCUGAUCAUGAGGAAUAUUACAAAGAUCCAUUUAAGUGGCCAAAUAAUUUGAAUAAUAAAUUUAUAAGUUUCUGUCUCGAUAAAGGACCGACUUUUUUCCAAAAUAUGGAUAACAAUUUUAGGCAAUCAGCACGUAUUAUAUCAGGAACUGAUCACACAAGAUAUAUUUCUUCUGCAGUUUUCUAUAGAAAGCUAUCCAAUGGAGAGAAAUGUAAUAGAAAAUGGUUGCUAUAUUCUCCAAGUAAAGGUUCCGUAUUUUGUUUUGUUUGUAAAUUAUUUGGUUCACUUCGAGAUAAUCCUUUUGUAAAUAUUGGUUUUGAUAAAUGGAAAAAAAGUUAUAGAAUUGGUGAACAUGAAAAUAGUAUUGCACAUCGAGAAGCUACAACAAAAUGGUUGAUACGGACAGAUACAACUAGAUCAGUUAAUACAGAAUUGUGUCGACAAAUAUCUGUUGAAACUGAAUACUGGGUUAAUAUUUUAAAAAGAGUGGUAUCUGUUGUUAAAUUUAUAGCUGCUAGAGGUUUACCGUAUCGAGGGGAUUCUGAAAUAAUUGGAAACAAUAAUAAUGGCAAUUAUCUUGGCAUAUUGGAAUUAAUUUCAGAAUAUGAUCCAUUUUUGAAAAAUCAUUUGGAAAAGUUUGGAAACAAAGGAAAAGGGCACCCAUCAUAUAUUUCAAAAACUAUUUUCAAUGAAGUUAUACUUUUACUAAAGACUGAUGUUAUACGCUAUAUUACUAAUGAGAUAAAAAUAUCUAAAUACUAUUCUAUUAUAAUGGAUUCUACUCCAGAUUUAUCAAAAGUGGAUCAAAUGGCUAUUGUUAUUAGAUAUUGUACAAAGUCAGAUGUACAAGAAAGAUUACUGGAAUUGGAACCUAUUGAAAAUCAUACAGGUCAAUCAAUUUAUGAUGUUUUAGAAAAAUUUCUUUUAAAUGUUGGAUUGAAUAUUGAAGAUUGUAGAGGACAAUCUUAUGAUAAUGCGUCCAAUAUGAGUGGCAAGUUUAAAGGAUUGCAGGCACAUGUCAAAUGUAAAAAUGAUCUUGCUGUAUAUAUACCAUGCACAGCACAUUCAUUGAAUUUAGUUGGUGUUCACAGUGUCGAUUGUUGUGUCGAGGCAGUAAACUUUUUUGGCUUUUUACAAACAUUAUAUAAUUUUUUCAGCAGUUCUACGCAUAGAUGGAAAAUACUUACAGAUAAGUUGGAUACAAAUGAUAAACACCGGUUAAUUACACUUAAAUCGUUGAGUGGUACUAGGUGGUCGUGUCAUUCUGAAGCUUGUAAAGCAUUAAUUGGUAAUUAUGAAAAAAUACUUGAAGCUCUACAAAAACUGAGUGAAAAUGUUAAUGAAAAUGGUGAAACAAAAAGAGAAGCUACAAUAUUAUGGAAAAAAAUGUUAAAAAGAGAGAUUGCUUAUCUUACAUUAUUAUGGGGUGAUAUAUUGGAGAGAAGCAAUAAAACUUCAAUUGAAUUGCAAAACAAACACUGUGAUGCACUAAAAGCCGUCAACUUGCUAAAAUCAUUAAGGCAUUUUGUGUCAAGUUUAAGAGACUCUAGUGAGAUUUAUGAAAAUAAAAUCAUACACCUAAGUCAAUAUGUUGGCAAGACGUACAAGAAUGAAACUGAAAGAAUAAGAAAAAAAAAGCAUCCUGAUGAUAAUAGUGGUAGUAAAAAAGAAAUUAUAUAUAAAGGAAAAGACAAAAUGAGAAUUGAAACUCAUUAUGAUGUAUUCCCAAACAUUUUAAUUGCUCUUAUAUUAUAUUUAACUAUCCCAGUGGCCAAUUGUUCGGCCGAAAGAGCAUUUUCCAAAUUAACAAGAAUAAAAAAUAAAUAUAGAACAAGCCAGACUCAAGACAAUUUAACAUCGUUAAUGAUAUUACAUUCAGAAAAUGAUAUUUUGCAAUUAAUAGAUUUUAAUGAAACAUUACAACAAUUUGCAAAAGAGAAAGCAAGAAAAAAAUUAAAGUUAUAA